AGAUAUCGCCUAUGAUAAAAUUAACAGUCCCUGAAAUGUUUGCGAUUCGAAAACUAUAAAUAGACAGCCACCUAGAGUUACUUAUUGUGCAUAUCUGUGACCCGUGUCUUGUAGAUUUUUGCAUUAUGAUUAUGCUCAUGUAGUGAAUUAUUUUGUUUAAACAAAUAAUUAGCAGUAAUUGAUUUAUCAGCAUCGAUCAGUCGGUUUGAACUUUGUCGUUUCUUGUAAUGUACACGUUUACCAGGACAUAAGUGUUCCAAAACGUCUUGUUAGUUUGUGAUAUGCUGAUUUAAGAUGAGAUUUAGAUACAAAAUGGGAUUUAGUUCGACUAAACUGUUUUAGAAUAGAAAAUGGUUCAAUUGAUCAAAUGUGUCGUAAAGGAAGGCAAUAAUUUUGUUUUAUUUAUUUUGUGUGCGAACCAUAUACUUACAGAGGAACUUUUUGGUGGAAAGAUCGUUUGGUCCCCACUCCCCAACAUGGCUUUUGCAUCACAAGGCGUUGCAAUGGCACAUCUUAAUUUGAUAAAUAUUCUCCUUAAAGUGGAGCUGCAGCCGGUGCCGCGCGAACGGGCGAUUCUGGAAAGUUUCUUCACGCAGCUCGGCAUGUUCUCUUUUGACCGUGCUAAGGACUACGUAGAGAAGGAGAAGGACAACAGUAAGAGUGCAGGGGCUAUCUGGGCAGCUCUGCUCGCAGCCCUCGCCCACUUGGCUGUGGCGGAGAAGGCCUACCACAACAUGACAUUCCUCGGACAAAAGCUGGGCGGGCAAUCGUUUUUCAGUCGUAAAGACUCCAUCCGUACCAUCUACACGUCUCUCUACAACGAGCUUAGGAAGGUGGUGACCACAGGGCGCCACGCCCAGCCUGGUAUAGCCCCCUACUUAGAAGACCUGCCAUCACAUCUGUCAGAGCAGCUGUGCCACUUUUCUCAGGCACGCAUGGAGAUGGCAGACCUGUAUGAGAAGAUGCACUCGCUGGGCAGCCAGAAGAACAUUAACUCAGAGGAACUUGUUACAGCCCUGGAGGUGGUACUUCAGAAGUACAGUUCCAGGUUCCACCACCCGAUCCUGGGUCGCUUGGAUGGGGGCUUCCAGACGGAGGUAGAUGUGGUGACCCAGCUACUGCGCUGCCAGGCCCAGGUGUCCGAGUGGCACUUUCUGCCUGCCUUACUCAGCCUGCACGGGGCCAGCACCAAGCUAACUGCCUGGGGGCAGCUCUUCCAGCGCCAGAAAGAGACCCGCAAGCAUCUGUUUGGGGGCCAGUCUCAGAAGGCCGUGCAGCCUCCCCACCUGUACCUGUGGCUGCAGCGUCUGCAGGUGGCUCUGCUGGCCAAGUUCAGCUUCUACUUCCAUGAGGCGCUGAGCCGCCAGGCUGCCCCUGUCGACAUGAGGGCAGCCACCGCCCGCACCACCCCCGACUACCACGGCAAGAUCUGCUCCUUCAUCCGCAAGCACGACGCCAACAACGUGUCGUUGGUGUUCGACAACCGCGGCUCGGACAGCUUCCAGGGCCACGGCUACCACCACCCACACUCGUACCGCGAGGCGCCCAAGGGGGUGGAGCAGUUCCCCGCCGUGGUGUCGCUGCCCUCCGGGGAGCGGCCUCUCACCCACUGGCCCAACGUCAUCAUGAUGAUGGGUGACCGUGCCGGCGAGCUCAACACACUGGACAAGGUGGUUCACUUCUACGACGACAAGGUCCAGAGCACCUACUACCUGACCAGGCCUGAACCCCACUUCACCCUGGUGGUCAUCUUCGAUGGCAGGAAGUCUGAGAAGGACUCUCACAUCACGGCCUUCCUACAGGAGAUCUCAGGCUCGCUGAGGAACUCCAAACCCUUCAGCACCCUCAAACCUGGCUCCAAGGGCUGAGCUGUACCCUAGCCUGCAGGACCAGUUAGCAGAGAUGCUUUCAACCACUAACCUCCGCUUGAGUAUUUCAUUGCCAUUUAAUUUUAACUUUAAUUUUGUUUUAAAGAUUUCCAUGGUCCAACUGUCUUGUUUGUUAAGCAUCAGGCUUCACAUUCUUUCUUUUGCCAAAUCAGUUCCUGGCCAAAGAGAAGCUUCACCUUUUGAAUGUGGCCUCUUCUCUCUGAGGACUAUUCUGGAACACUGUCUCUCAGAUUCUAACCCUGUCUUGGAUAUGCUGCUGUAUGCAACUCAUGUUGUUUAAUAUUUAAUGUGUAUAUAAUGUUUACCGUUUUAGGAAGAGCACUUUUAGUUAUGAAUUGAAUUAUGAAGUGUUGUGCUGUCAGUAAAAUAAACUGUUCAGCAGAUUGUCA